AUGGCUCCGAAGCCGAAACCCCCCUCGUCCUCGCGAGCGUGGGAUGCGCUCACACCUCCGCUAUCACAAUGGGCACUUGACGCUGUGGCCUCCUUGGGCUUCACGCGCAUGACGCCAGUUCAGGCCUCCGCCAUCCCACUAUUCAUGGCGCAUAAGGAUGUGGUGGUCGAGGCUGUUACUGGCAGCGGAAAGACCCUGUCCUUUCUAAUUCCCGUUGUGGAGAAGCUUCUGCGUCUUGAGGAGCCGCUCAAGAAGCAUCAUAUCGGAGCAAUCAUCAUUUCUCCCACAAGAGAACUAGCUUCUCAGAUCUAUCAAGUGCUUCUGUCAUUACUCGAAUUCCAUCCUCCAUCGGCGGCAGCGAUUAACCCAUCCGAAGGCGAUGCGCCACGAUCAAAGUCCUCAUCUUCCGUCCUAAAGGUUGUGCCCCAACUCCUCCUGGGCGGCUCAACAUCGCCCGCGGAAGAUCUCAGUACAUUCCUCAAGCGAUCCCCAAACGUGCUCGUCUCAACACCCGGGAGACUUUUAGAACUGCUGUCGUCGCCCCAUGUGCACUGUCCACAAUCGUCAUUUGAAAUGCUUGUCCUGGAUGAGGCGGACAGGCUUCUUGAUCUUGGUUUCAAGGAUGAUCUGCAAAAUAUUUUGCGUCAUCUUCCGAAGCAGCGAAGGACCGGUCUUUUCAGCGCUAGCAUCAGCGAAGCGGUUGAUCAGAUCGUUCGUGUGGGUCUCCGUAACCCCGUCAAGGUAGCCGUCAAGGUGAAAGGCGGGUCUGGCGUUGAAGAUAAGCGCACACCUGCAAGUUUGCAAAUGACUUAUUUGACAGCACCGCCAGCUCAUAAAUUCUCUAUUCUCAAACAAAUUCUCACAACAGUCCAGCCUACGCCUCAGAAGACAAUAUUCUUUGUGUCAACAUGUUCCAGUGUGGAUUAUCUAUCUAUGAUGCUUCCUCUAAUUUUGGGAGACGAAUUUCUCUUGGUCCCUCUCCACGGCAAGCACCCUGCCAAUGUCCGCCAAAAGAACUUUACUCGCUUCACCACCGCCACAACCCCCUCCAUUCUCCUCACCACCGAUGUCGCCUCUCGAGGUCUGGACAUUCCGUCUGUCGACCUAGUUGUGCAGAUUGAUCCUCCCUCCGAUCCGAAGACUUUUAUCCACAGAUGCGGUCGUGCUGGACGCGCCGGACGCCGAGGCCUCAGUAUUGUUCUUCUUCAUCCAGGGAGGGAAGAAGAUUACGUUUCGUUUUUGGAAGUUCGCAAGACCCCCGUGGCUCCUUAUAAUCUUUCAUCCCCACCCUCUGACGCAGAUGCGGUGGCUGCCACGGAAGCCGUUCGAAAGCUCAUCCGACAGGACCGAGCUCACCACGAUAAGGGUCAAAAGGCUUUUGUCAGUUGGCUCCGCAGCUAUAGCAAACAUCAAGCAAGCAGCAUAUUCCGAGUCGCGGAUCUUGACUGGGAAGCUCUUGGUAAAGCAUGGGGGCUCCUCAAGCUGCCGAAGAUGCCCGAGCUGCGCAAUUUCACUGGGGACCGGACUUUGGGCGUCAGCCUUGACUGGGAUAAUUAUACCUACAAAGACAAGCAGCGAGAGAAGCGGCGUAAGGAAAUGAUGGAAGAAUACGCACAAGUGGGUGAUCAACAGAAGGAUCAGCGGAAGCGACGCGCAGCCGAGAAUACAGCAUGGAGUCAAAACCAAGAGGCACGAGACAAGAAGUUCAGACGCAAGGAAUCUAAGAAGUCCCGGAAGGAAACAGAGAGGUGGGAGCGGCUGCCAGAGGAGGAGAAGAGAAAGGCUCGCGAGACAGAGCGCAUGAUCGAGGAAAUCAGAGCCAAAAAUGAGCAGCAGCGGCUUGCAAAACGUGCCGCCAAGGCCGAUGCUUCAGAGGAGGCAGGCAGUGGCGAUGAAUUUGCCGGUUUUGAUUAG